AUGUCUGCAUCGGAAGUGCUCCAAGCUCGCAAUGAGACAACCACUAGGCUCUAUGCAGACCCUCACAACCCCCACCUCCACCUUGAACGAGGCAUUCAGUAUGAAAAGUUGGGCUUCCCCGACCUCGCCUCUGCAGAUUCAUAUCGUGCGCUAGCACUGCUAGAGUCGGUGGUUGACCCAGAUGAGUGCGAGUUCCAUGCCAGGCGGAAGAUAGACCCUUCCCAGCAGGCUCCCAAAACGGUGGCGAAUGAAUCAGAUGACGAAGACGAAGACAACAGCACUGUGCCUAUCACCCAAGAGGAAUAUGACGCCAUCAUUGACCAGGUGUAUGUCCUUCUAGUACGCAGUCUCGUCCGCUGCGGCUGCUACCGCGAUGCAUUCGAGUUCGGCGUGCGCGGGUUGGCCCUCCUCGAGAAGAGGUCUGCAACAGCCUCAGUAGCUGCUUUGAACGUGCAGAUGGAUCGUGUGAAGGAAAUAUACAAAUAUCGCACUGGCUCUGAAACAGAAAACAUCGAUCUGGACUCAAUCGACCCCAGCGUCCUCCCUGCACAGGGCUUCGCCCGCCGUGUCCUCUAUCCCUGGAACGGGCACGAGCCUGACCGCCGUUCACCGGAGACUCUCAAAAUACUCAACGAGCGACUGGCGGUCAUUGCGCCGAAAUGUGAGGUCCGCGCAGUGGCCUUGCCAGUGCUGCAUGCCUCGGCAGAUGACGACUCGGCCGGCAUGGACGUCUCCGUGCAGCUCGGCCUCUUCGCGAAAGAAGAUAUCGCUCCAGACGAAAUCAUCCUCCGCGAGUCUUCACUGCUCACAGCAACCAACCGUCUCCACGACGAUCUCUGCGACGCAUGCAACGCACCGCUCCCAGAACUAUCCGCCGCCGAACCCCCCGUCGCCUGUGAGGGUGGCUGCGUAGAUAUCAUCUUCUGUAGCCAGAAAUGCCACGACACAGCGCAGGAGGUUUACCACGGCGCAAUCUGCGGCCUUGAGGAUGGCCUCGACUCUAUCGGGAAGGAUGUCCCCGACCCUAAGGAUAAGGCUGAUUACCUGUACCUUCUUCUGCUUGGCAGAGCCCUCGCCAUGUCCGCCACACAGGACAAGCACCCGCUCGACCUGCCCGAAAUGAAAUACAUCUGGGGCGAUUUCCAUGAUCUCGAUAUUGAGUCUGUCUCCGCGGAAACAGAGAUAACACCAACCACUGACGAUACCGCCACCCUCCCCUUCUCCUUCCAGCUGAAUGUCCUGCAGCCGGAGCGUUUCCUCGACGAAAUGGGCCUAGAUCCAUACGUCGCGCUCUACCGCUACGAUACCUGGGUUCUAAACACGCUCUUUGCUAAGUUCCGCGGCACGGCAUCAGGCCGACUUUCGACUUGGGAUGGAGGCCCGGAGCUGUGCGCUGUUCAUCCACUGUGGUGCCUUGCGAACCAUUCCUGUGAUCCUAAUGUGACCUGGGAAUGGAGUAGCGAAAUCAAUUUCCGCGUGCGGAGAGACGAUGAGACGGCUGUUUGGUCGCGUGGGCUUGAGAUGAAAGAGCUAAGGCCUGGCGGUAUUGCGAAGGAUUCGGAGAUCCUGAAUCAUUAUUGCGAUAUUAGCUUGCCCGUUCAGAAGAGAAGGGAAUGGGCUUCUGGGGCUUUGGGUGGGACUUGUUUGUGUGAUAGGUGUGUUUGGGAGGCUGGGGAGGUGGAGUAG